AUGUUCCUGGCUACUUUAGGAUUUAAAACAGAUACAAUUUUGAAAACGGUCCUUGCUGCAUGCAAGGAUAGUGAAGGUUUAUCUUCUUCUGAAGAAAUAUGUUUGAAAUAUCUCGUCAAAGGGCACACAUUUAUGGCAGCUGACGGAAUCCAUGGAAAGAUCGAACAACAAAUGAGAAAACAGAAAAACGUUUGUGACGUUCAAGAUUUUAUUGAAGUGUGUGAAAAAGCAGCAAAGAAAAACCAGAUUUUGAGAUUAACUAUUGGAGACUUCAUGCAUUUAAAAUCUAUAAUAAGACAAAGAAAAUCAAAAGAAAGCAGCGAUACUCUUCUAUACCUAAAAGAUGUAGUCGAAGUUAAAUUUGAAAGAGGUUUGCAUGAUUUUUUUUAUAAAUAUAAAUUCGUCCAAUAUUUUAAAACGGAAGGUUGA